CACUUUUAAACAGAGAAGAGGGUUCAAUUUUCUUAAUGCUCACAAGCUAUUUAUCCAUAAAUUGUGUAUUUGUUUGCACGUGAUCACGUGUUGUUUAUAGAGUCAUCGCUGAAGGAAACCAGUGGGCUAAACGCUAACUUUAGCUCGCAGGAAGACGUAACACGUGAUGCUUAAAGUUAUUAUAACGACGGUUCAUUAGUCCUCCCAUUUUGACAAGGAAUAGUGGGGGGUGUCAUCUACAGAAACGGAAUAAAACAACAGUCGUGAGGUUGCUUGUCUCCCCCUCGUUCCCCUCCGGCCACCAUGGUGGACUUCCUGGCGGAGAACAACCUGUGUGGCCAGGCCGUCCUCAGGAUCGUCUCCAGAGGGAAUGCCAUCAUUGCAGAGCUUCUGCGUCUCUCUGACUUCAUCCCUGCAGUUUUUAGGCUCAAGGACAAAAGUGAUCAGCAGAAAUAUGGAGACAUCAUCUGCGACUUCAGUUACUUCAAGGGUGCUGAGUAUUAUGAGGGGAAGCUGGAGGCUAAACCAGAACUUCAGGAUUUGGAUGAAGAGUUCAGAGAGAACAACAUUGAGAUUCUGUCAAGGUUCUAUCUGGCAUUUGAAAGCGUCCACAAAUAUAUAGUGGAUCUUAACAGAUAUUUGGACGACCUCUAUGAGGGUGUUUAUAUUCAGCAGACCCUGGAGACUGUCCUUCUAAAUGAGGAUGGGAAACAACUCUUGUGUGAGGCUCUCUACCUGUAUGGAGUCAUGUUGUUGGUUAUUGACCAGAAAAUCGAAGGAGAGGUCAGAGAGAGGAUGCUCGUUUCAUAUUAUAGAUACAGCGCUGCUCGUUCAUCAGCUGACUCCAACCUGGAUGACAUCUGCAAGCUGCUGCGCAGCACCGGCUUCUCCAGCCAGCCUGGAGCUAAACGACCCCCCAACUACCCAGAGAGCUACUUCCAGAGGGUUCCCAUCAGUGCCACUUUCAUCAGCAUGGUCAUUGGGAGGCUGCGCUCUGACGACAUCUACAACCAAGUUUCUGCCUAUCCUCUGCCUGAGCACCGAAGCACAGCACUGGCUAACCAGGCAGCCAUGCUCUACGUGUGCCUCUUCUUCAGCCCCUCCAUCCUGCACACCCAACAGGCCAAGAUGAGGGAGAUAGUAGACAAAUACUUCCCUGAUAACUGGGUUAUCAGCAUCUAUAUGGGGAUCACAGUGAACCUGGUAGAGGCCUGGGAGCCAUACAAAGCUGCCAAAAUCGCUCUGAACUACACACUGGACUCUGCUAACAUCAAAGAGCAGGCCACUCGCUACGCUUCUAGUCUGGAGAGCCUGAGGCCUAAGGUGCAGCAGCUGCUCAAAGAGGGUUUCCUCAGGGAGGAGUUCAUCCUGGACCACAUUCCCAAACUGCUCAACUGUCUGAGGGACUGCAAUGUGGCCAUUCGCUGGCUGAUGCUGCACACGGCAGAGUCGGCCUAUGACCCAAACAACAAGCGACUGCGUCAGAUAAAAGACCAAGUGCUCAACGACUCCAAGUACAACCCCAGGACCAUGUUCCAGCUGCUGCUCGACACUGCUCAGUUUGAGUCCACGCUGAAAGAGAUGUUCAAACAGAUGCUGACAGAGAAGCAGAUCAAAUGGGAAAGCUACAAGACGGAGGGAUCCGAGAGAAUGACUGAGCUGGCCGAAGUCUUCUCUGGCGUCAAGCCUCUCACCAGGGUGGAGAAAAAUGAGAACCUGCAGGCGUGGUUCAGGGAAAUCUCCAAACAGAUCGAGUCUUUGAACUAUGAAGACUCCACAGCUGCUGGGAGGAAGACUGUUCAGCUGAUACAGGCUCUUGUCGAGGUCCAGGAAUUUCACCAGCUGGAGUCGAACCUGCAGGUCUGUCAGUUUUUGGCGGACACCAGAAAGUUCCUGCACCAAAUGAUCCGCACCAUCAACAUCAAAGAAGAAGUCCUCAUCACCAUGCAGAUAGUUGGAGACCUGUCCUACGCGUGGCAGAUAAUUGACAGCUUUACAUCCAUUAUGCAAGAGAGCAUCAGAGUCAACCCGUCCAUGGUCACAAAGCUGAGAGCCACAUUUCUGAAGCUGGCAUCUGCUUUGGAUCUCCCGUUACUGCGUAUCAACCAGGCCAACAGUGCCGACCUGCUGAGUGUGUCACAGUUCUACUCUGGAGAGUUGGUGGCUUAUGUCAGAAAGGUUCUUCAAAUUAUCCCGGAGAGCAUGUUCACGUCUCUGGCCAAAAUCAUCAAACUUCAGAUCCACGACAUAAUUGAGGUGCCCACACGGCUGGAUAAAGACAAGCUGAAGGACUACUCCCAGCUGGGGGCUCGCUAUGAGGUGGCAAAACUCACCCAUGACAUCUCCAUCUUUACUGAGGGGAUCUUGAUGAUGAAGACUACUCUAGUUGGGAUCAUUAAGGUGGAUCCUAAGCAGCUUCUGGAGGAUGGCAUCAGAAAGGAGUUGGUAAAGAGAGUUGCUUAUGCUUUGCACAAAGGCUUAAUCUUCAACCCCAAGGCUAAGCCCAGUGAACUGAUGCCCAAGUUGAAGGACAUGGCAGCCACCAUGGACGGUUUCUACAGGUCGUUCGAGUACAUCCAGGACUAUGUCAGCAUUUAUGGCCUUAAAAUCUGGCAGGAGGAAGUGUCUCGCAUCAUCAACUACAAUGUAGAGCAAGAGUGCAAUAGUUUCCUCAGGACAAAGAUCCAGGACUGGCAGAGUGUUCACCAGUCCACUCACAUCCCAAUUCCUAAGUUUCCCUCUGUGGAUGAGUCUGCCACUUUCAUUGGUCGUCUCUGCAGAGAAAUCCUAAGAAUCACUGAUCCAAAGGUAACGUGCUAUAUUGACCAGAUGAACACGUGGUAUGACCUGAGGACCCACCAGGAGGUGACCAACAACAGGCUGUUCGCUGAGAUCCAGAACACCCUGGGUACGUUUGGUCUUAACGGACUGGACCGGCUGCUCUGCUUCAUGAUUGUUCGGGAACUUCAGAACUUCCUGACCAUGCUCCAGAAGACCAUCCUGAAGGACAAAACCUUGAUGGAGGUCUUCAAAAAUAUGUUGGCUACUGUCAACCCAAUGCAAGGCAUUGUGGCCAAUGCCAGUAAAGUCUACGCAAAUGCUGUGGCCAAGUCCCAGAAGGUGUGGGGUUCAUACCUGGAAGCCAUCAUGAAGGUUGGUCAGAUGCAAAUUCUCAGACAGCAGAUUGCGAACGAGCUAAACUUCUCCUGCAAGUUUGACUCCAAACAUCUGGCUGCUGCCCUGGAAAACCUCAACAAGUCUCUGCUGGCAGACAUUGAAGCCCACUACCAGGACCCGUCUCUCCCGUACCCUAAAGAGGACAACACACUACUGUACGAGAUCACUGCCUACCUGGAGGCUGCUGGUAUUCACAACCCGCUCAACAAGAUCUACAUAACUACAAAGCGUCUCCCUUACUUUCCUAUCAUCAACUUCCUGUUUAUCAUUGCUCAGCUGCCUAAAUUACAGUACACCAGAAACCAAGGAAUGACCUGCAAGAAAGCUGCAGACCCGAUUGACUGGCCUCCGCUGGUGCUCGGCUUGCUCACCCUGCUCAAGCAGUUCCACUCCAGAUAUACGCAGCAGUUCUUAGGUCUCAUCGGCCAGUUCAUCCGCUCUGUCAUGGAGCAAUGCACAAGCCAAAAGAUUCCAGACAUGCCCUCUGAUGUGGUGGGAGCUUUGAUGUUUCUUGAAGACUAUGUGAAAUACACCACACUAUCACGCAAGGUGGUUGAAGCUCACGUGCCCAGUUUCAUUUUUGAUGAGUUCAGAACAAUACUGUGAAGACCUGGAUGAAGCAGUACAGCAGAAAGUGGUUUAUUUGUUAUCCAAAAGCUAUCAUCCGCUGCAGACAUUUGGUCAUAUUUGUAGUACUGAGGAAAUCACAGGUGUUACUGAUCACAUUAACUA